AUGAAAGGCUAUUUUUCUAUCGAGUGGCUCUCCCAGAGCAGCCAGGAGACCAGUGGCACAGGGCCCAGGGCUCCUGCAGACCAAAGGCUCUCAGUGGGGCCCCAGAAUGGGCCCUACACCUCCAGCACCCAACCGGAGACCCUCCCCGGGUACUACAGCAGCCAUGGACGAAGCAGUGAGAAGCUCCAGGAGGGGCUGGUGGCCCCUCAUGAUCAUAUCCAUGGCCCCCCUAGUGCCACACACCGCGGGCCCGGUAUGGAGAACACUCUAGGCACAGAGAUGGGCUUCAGCAGCUGUGUAGAGGAAGAGGAGACAUCAGGAUACGAGAGCGAGGGGGGGCGCUCCCUGUCCCCCGCGACUCCACAGGACACCACGGCAACGUCCCCAGAGACUUCCCCAGCGAGCGGACGACGACCCAGGACCGCUUUCACUGCCGAGCAGAUCAACCGGCUGGAAAAGGCCUUCAAACGCAACGCUUACCUGGGCACCCACGACAAGACCGAGCUGUGCAAGAAGCUCAGUCUGUCAGACAAGCAGAUCAGGAACUGGUUCCAGAAUCGGCGCAUGAAGCUAAAAAGGACCCUCCAGGAUGCCCUGGCCCAGGCCUGCCAAGCAAAAGCCACCUCCCAGCUGAUGCAGUACCCCGAGGCCCAGGCUUUCUGGCCUAGCUACUACUCCGUGCACGAGAGCCCCAACCCGUAUCUGACCCCCGCCAGGGUGCGCUACGCUCCUCAGGCCACGCUGGCCUCUGCUCCUGCCGUGUCCCUGGACUCGCUGUACCAGUGCGCCAGUGCGCAAGGCCUGGUCAUGCCCACUGCCGGCGCCCCAAUCAUGUCACAGUACUACCCUUACCCCCAUCACUACUAA